UUCAAAACCCCAAGAUCAUGGCAGCUUCUACAGCAACUUCUGCUUCUACUUCAUGGGCUAAACCUUCUUCCUCUUCUUCCUCAUUCUGUGAUUUGGGCUACACUUCCAAGUCCAUCAGCUUUAAGAAGCCCACCAAUAAGAGAGCCCAUCUCCGGUGCUCUCUACACACUCCUCCACUUCUCCAUUUCCCUAAUCAAACACCUUCCAUUUACCAACCAGCCACCGGUACUGCAACCCCAACUUUCCCUAUACCCAAGCCUAAGUCCAAACCCAAAGAAUCAGAUAAAGCUAGAGACAGCAAAAGAGACAGAGAGGGAAGAAAAGAGUUAGAUUCCUCCUCUAACUCUAAAGGUAAAGGUAAACAGCAAUGCAACUUCCUCCAAAGGAUUGCAGCCAUGGCCUUGGAUGUGGUGGAAGGAGCUUUAGUUUCCAGCGAACGCCAAACCCCACUUCCCAAAACAGCCGACCCAGCAGUUCAGAUUGCCGGCAACUUCGCUCCCGUGCCGGAACAUCCUGUCGAGCAGAAUCUCCCCGUCGCCGGCAAAAUUCCUGAUUGCAUUGACGGUGUUUAUGUCAGGAACGGUGCCAAUCCCCUUUUCGAGCCCGUCUCGGGUCACCAUUUGUUCGACGGCGACGGCAUGAUCCAUGCCGUCUCCAUCACUGGCGGUGCCGCCAGUUAUGCGUGCCGAUUUACCGAAACACAGCGUCUCGUGCAGGAACGCUCUCUAGGCCGCCCUGUCUUCCCUAAAGCAAUUGGCGAACUCCAUGGUCAUACUGGCAUCGCUCGACUUCUUCUCUUCUACGCUCGAGGCCUUUUUGGUCUCGUCGACCACCACCAUGGUACCGGAGUUGCCAACGCCGGCCUUGUCUUCUUCAACGGCCGACUCCUUGCCAUGUCCGAAGACGACCUCCCUUAUCACGUUCACAUCACCCCUUCCGGUGAUUUGAAAACUGUUGACCGGUUCGAUUUCAGUGGUCAGCUCCAAUCCGCCAUGAUCGCCCACCCGAAGCUUGACCCUGUCUCUGGCGAACUCUUUGCUCUAAGCUACGAUGUCAUUCAAAAGCCAUAUCUCAAGUACUUCCGCUUCUCUCCCAACGGAAUCAAAUCACCUGACGUCGAAAUUCCACUUGCAGAGCCUACCAUGAUGCACGAUUUCGCCAUUACUGAGAAUUUCGUCGUAAUUCCAGAUCAACAAGUAGUUUUCAAGUUACAGGAAAUGAUUCGCGGUGGUUCACCGGUGGUUUACGAUAAAAAGAAAACCGCCCGGUUCGGAAUCUUGGACAAGAACGCAGUUGAUUCGUCCGGGAUCCGUUGGGUCGAAGCUCCCGAUUGCUUCUGCUUCCAUCUAUGGAACGCUUGGGAAGAUGAAGAAACUAAUGAGGUAGUGGUGAUUGGUUCAUGCAUGACUCCACCUGAUUCAAUUUUCAACGAAUGCGAGGAAGGGCUGCAGAGUGUUCUUUCCGAGAUCAGACUUAACCUGAAGACCGGGAAAUCAACUCGCCGGCCAAUCAUUGCCGCUUCGAAUCCUGAUCAAUUGAACCUUGAAGCCGGAAUGGUGAACCGUAAUCGACUGGGGAGGAAAACCCAGUUCGCCUACCUCGCAAUCGCAGAGCCCUGGCCUAAAGUCUCUGGGAUAGCAAAAGUAGACCUUUUGAAUGGAGAAGUGAAGAAAUUCAUAUAUGGAGAUGGGAAAUAUGGUGGAGAACCGUUCUUUGUACCAAGAGAUCCAAAUUCAGAGAGAGAAGAUGAUGGGUACAUAGUAGCAUUCAUGCAUGAUGAGAAUACGUCUAAGUCAGAGCUUGUGAUUAUAAACGCCAUGAAUUUGGAGUUUGAAGCUUCAGUUAAGUUACCUUCAAGGGUCCCUUAUGGUUUCCAUGGGACAUUUAUUAAUUCCAAAGACUUGAAGAAUCAAGCCUAGCCCUUUUGAGGUUGAUGGUUUAUGGUUGUGGUAGUGGUGGCAGAGGAGAGAUUACCAGAGGGAUGUGGCAUAGAGACUCCCCGGAAUCUCAGAGUCUAUUUACACCCUUACACAACCGCUCACGGUUAGUUAAGUUAGUUAUUUAGUUAGUUGGGAUUUUUUUUUUUUUUGGUGGGAGAGGUUUUGAAGAACCAGCUUGUAGCUUAUGGACUGUAGGUAGUAUUCGAGCUCAGCUGGUUUUUGUGUAUUCCUUUGCACUACUCUUGUUUAUGUUCUCCUUCUGUUCGUGUAAGUAGUGAAAAUUUUA